CCUUUUGGUGAAGGCAUUGUUAGUGUGGCUGUUCCGCAGCUGAGACGAGGAGAAAACAGUUUGUACCUCUGGAAUAUUAAAGAUCAACAGUCUCCUGUUCAUACUUUGUUGGGCACAAGGAUGUUAUUUUGGAGUUCCAGUGGAGGAAACAGCAAGAUGGUAUGGGUCCGGGAUCAUCAUCUAGUUACUUGGUCAAAGGAUCAGAGCCUAAGGAUUUGGAAGGUUGACCGUGCUUUACAAAAGUCGACACACUUCAGUGGCAACCUCAGCAGUGAGAGUGCUGCAUCAAUGAAACGGGGAGUUGGUAGUGGCAGCAUUAGCAGGACUUCCAACUCCAGCCAAUCUGCUCAGUCUUCCAGCUUAUUGCCUUUUGUGUCUAUGGAGCAGGAGGUUAAUGAAAUUACCCGGCUGAUCCCAGGAGUCCGGCUAGAGCAGGCUGACAUAACACAACGCAUAUGUAGCUUCAAACUGUCCAGAGGUCAGAACUGUGUGGAUAUUGAGCUGGUAUUUCCUGAUAACUACCCAGUCAAAGUAGGCCCCUCACUGACCAUCCUGCAGUCCAACCUGGAUUCGGACACGCUGACCCGGCUUGUCAAGAUCUUCAAUGAUACCGCUGCCCGACUGGUCAAGCAAAAUAUCUACUGUGUGGAACCUUGUGUCAGGCAAAUUAUGCUCUUCAUGGAGAAGUUGGGAUCCUCCGGCAGUGUUCAAGACACAUCCCAGCAUCAUGAAGACAGGAAAUCCAUGCUUGACAAGAAGUACAUUGUGGAAAAGGUACGAACCCCAACCAGCCCUGUCUCGCAGAACAGUGUCAUUCCGAUGUAUCCCACCGGCAGUUUUCAAGACUUGUACAUUCCAUUUCCCAAAACCUGCGGUGGCACAUUUUGCUCAAAUGAUUACCUGAUAGUGUUUGGUGUCUCAGUGGCGAUGAAGAAAGUCCAUGAAGACAAUGAAGUGACCCCCAGAGCCCUGUCUGAUCUUGUCACAUACAUGGUACCUCAGUCACACUCCCAGUGGAUGAGGUCACAGUCAAACUCAUUUGUAUCUUCAUUAUUGUAUGGAAGCCCACCUCAGCCGGUCUCAGAGGGCAUCAGUGUUAGCAGCUUCUAUACUGAAAAGACCAACAAAAACAGACACCAUCGAAACAGCCAUCACAACCAUCAGAAAUCCUUGAGCCGGUCGCGAGACAGCAUUGAUGGCAGACGCGACAGAGAGAGGGAGACAGAGAGAAUCAGCAAGAGAAUGCAGAAAGUGGGCUACGUCCGGGUCUAUGACAUUUCCAUUAUCAAUCCAGUCUCUAAAUUUCUAGCAGAAAACUAUAAGCUAGACCUUACUGACAUUCCAGGCACAUGUGAACACAAUGCAAACACAGCCUCAAAAAUAGGCCGGAAGGACUUGGUUCAGGUGUGGCUUCUUAUCAGACAGAUGACGCAUCCCAGUUUAAAGCCUUCACCCAAUGUAGACCAAGGUCCUCCCUGGGCCUUUUAUCCAUUUGGUCGGCCUCUAGUCAAUAAAUUACUCAACCAUUAUGCCAAAAUGCAUGAUGUGCAAACACUGGCCAUGAUCUGUUGCAUGUUUUGGGACAAGGAGUCGACACAGCGCAGUGUGUCUGCCUUAAUGCCUCCAUCAGCCUUACCGAGAAAUGAAUCUCGAACAUCAUUUGAGUAUGCCGCAGCGAAU